UCUGCCUUGGCCCUGAAACUUUACGCUGGGCAGACUCACCCACACAUGGCCUUCCCCAGUCAAAAGACAGCCGUGGUGCGCCUGUCUUGCUUUUGCGCUUCCUGGAGGCCUUCAGUACGGCCCUGACACUGCUCCCCACUCCCUGCAGCUUUGUGCAUCACUGACCACUGGCUUCUUUUCUCUCUUUCUCUUUGGACUUGAUCCCUGGACUUGGAUGACAUGACUAGCUGGCAUCUAAAUAGCACCGUCGCCCCUAAUAGCUCAGCUUCUACGCACGGCUGCUGCUUCUUACUCUUAGAGACUCACAGAUUCAAAACAUGUUGAAAAUGAAGACAACUUCAUCUCCUCUGAUCCGUAAUCUGAGUCACAUACAGGCUGCAAGUGCCCCAAUGCGCUAAGGGGAGCGAUGACGGGAUUAUGGGUAUCUGACUUGGGGGGAGGGGAGGAGCAAUAUCACAGGUGCCACGGGCGGUGAUAAGGGUGAACUGUCCCCAGAUGCCCAGAGGCUAAUUUGCAUGUACCUAGUUCCUGUAUUUCAUUUUUAAAAAUGCCCCAGAUUUGAUUUCCUGUGAUUUUGAUCUUCAGCGGUUUCAUGCCCAUUUGUUGGCACACUGGAAGUCUGUACAUGAAAGCUUGCAUUUUAGGGAUUGGCUUGACCCCAUACAAAUCAUCCUACGCAGCGGCUGUAAGACGCUCCACAUCCCCUGGGUGACGGCUCAGCAGCCGCUGGCUUCAGGACAGGCCUGCACAGGAGAGAAAGUAGAGACUGGCCGUCGGGGGGUCUUGUUACCUCUGCUUCUGUACUGCGCUGCAGGCUGAUGUCUGAGCUGGGUGUCCUCAAGCCUCUGACAAGCGCCGGCCUCUCCACUCUGAGCUGAAUUCUUGUGUGGGUGAGAGAGCAUCUUCAGCGACAGCCCCGGACCUGGUCCUCAUGCUGCUGAGGCUCUUGACGUUGCUCUGCGCUCUACUCUGUGAACCAACAGGUGAGUCGCACUUCCCUUUCUUCUUCACGGCCCAUGGGUAUGUUGACACACUUGACCCACCCAGAGGCUUAUGGAUGGCUGUGUGACAUCUGGUGACAGCUGCUGCGGUGUACAAACAACAGUGGCUCCCUUGGGCCAGGCUGCUGUGUGCACGCCCCUUUCUGUACAUGACACUCGUGCCUCAGCGGGGCAGCAGCCUCAGGGGCUCCGAGGCGCCUGCGUGUUCCCCAGCCGGAGUGAUGGAGGAAAUGCCAAAGUCACACGUCCACAGGGAACAGCGUUACGGCCAAUCCUUGGGCCACAUGCAGAAGAAAUGGGAACGAAGCCCAAACAGGACAUGCCCUGAGGCCGGGUACGGAUUAGGCUUUGCCCAGUGAUCCUGGCUCCUGCAGAGGUUUGUACAGAAGCUCAGGGCAGAGGCUGCAUACACGUGUGGCUCCAGGGCGAGUGCACGCCUGUCCCUUCCGUUGGCAAUCGCAGGGCAGGACGGCUUCAGGGCAGAAGGACGUGAGUGUCUCCAAGUCUUUCCCAGACUGACUGGCCCUCCAGGCCUCACACUCUCAUUGAAGCAGACAGUGUGGGUCUGAGGUGUCAGGGGGUUGGAAGAGAAGAAAAUGCCUUGCGACAAGGAUGAGUGACAUACACACUCACUUUCCUGUAACUCCAAGCUUUGUCUUCUCCAAUGCCAGCUUCAUUAUACUGUCCCAGUUCAUGGGCAGAAACUCCAAAGAGUUAGAACCAAAUUCAAGGCCUGAGGCAGGAGGCGACGCUGCCCAGGGCAGGACGUGUCAGGGUGAGCGGUUGACAAAGAAAGGAAGGCCCUGGGCCACCUGUGGGGUGACAUGAGGGGCGGUCUGCGUCCAGCUGGCUGUUUCUGUCUUGUUUCUGAUGCUGAGGAUACAAAGUGCCUCUUACCAGGAACCCUGAGGCCAUCGCCCCGAACCUGUGUGUGUUCUCUCUAGCGCUGCUUCUGAAAGUCAGCCCUCCUCGGCCUGUGGAUGGGAACCCCAUGACCCUGACCUGUGAGAGCCAGUUCGCUCGGCCGGAGCCACAUCUCCAGUUCCGCUUCAUGAGACACAGCCAGGUUCUGGGGCGGGACUGGGACAACUCCUCGCAGCUGCAGGUGGCUGCCGUGUGGAGCGGGGACACGGGGGUCUACUGGUGCGAAGCCAAGACGGCAGCACGCAGAACGAUACGGAGCGGGGGCAUCUGGAUACAAGUGCAGAGAGUGCCUGUCGGUAAUGUGCGCUUGGAGACACAGCCUCCAGGGGGACACGUGGCAGAGGGAGAGAAGCUGGUUCUUGUCUGCUCAGUCACACAGGCCACCGGCGACAUCAGCUUUCUGUGGUACCGAGGGGCCCUGGGUCUGAACCUGGAAACCAAGACCCAGCGUUCCCUGACGGCAAAGCUGGAGAUCCCUGCCGUGAGGGAGAGCGACGCGGACCAGUACUACUGCGCGGCUGACAAUGGCCACGGCCCCAGUAUCAGCACGCUGGUGAACAUCGUGGUCACAAUUCCAGUGUCCCGGCCCGGCCUCACCCUCAGCACUCCUGGGGCCCAGGCCCUGGUGGGGGACACGGUGGAGCUCCACUGUGAGGCGCAGAGAGGCUCUCCCCCGAUCCUGUACCGGUUUUAUUGCAAUGAUGUCACCCUGGGGAGCAGCUCUGCCCCCUCAGGAGGAGGCGUGUCCUUCAACCUGUCUCUGACCGCAGAACAUUCUGGAAACUACUCCUGUGAGGCAGACAAUGGCCUGAGGGCCCAGCGCAGUGAAUUGGUGCCACUCAGGGUCACAGCGCCUAUAGAAGACAAAAUAGAUCUCACAUCAGUGGUCACUGAGGGGCUGUUUGGCAUCCUUGGUCUCAUCAUUAUUGUCCUGUUCUUUGGCUGUUGGCUCAAGAGAAAAAUAGGACGGCCUUCAGCCAGCGACCCAGUCAGGUGCCCGCCCCUCCCUCCACCUCGGGAGUCCACAUACCUCAACACGGCCACCCCGGAGCAGCGGCAGCCCGUAUAUGAAAACGUCAAUGUCGUACGUGGAGAUGAAGUUUAUUCUCUGGCGUAUUGCGUGCAACAGGAAUGGCAGCCGGCCGCAGCAGAACCUCUGAGGUCGUAUGCUGACGACAGGGACUCCUCAGUCAUCUAUUCGGGGGUGAAGAAGAUGACCGUUACGGACGUGGACUAUGAGAAUGAUAUCUAAGGUUACAGAAGAUUCUACCUGAGAAACCAUCCAUGACCCCAUGCCUCAGACCCAAUAUGUGCUUCAGCGGUCCCAGGAACCAGCUUCCCAGGACACCUAACCACCUAACCUCCACGGGACAGUGCCUGCGUCUAUUAUGAUGGGAAGUUGGCUCAGACCCUGAAGGGACCACCCAGGAGAACCAACAAGGAUGCCCAAGUGGGAGGGACUUUAUUAUCGAAACCCGAUUCCUACUGGUUCUUUUAGGCCCAGGUCCAUUUGUGCUCAAACUCCUUUUUACGAGAAGAAACAGGACAAGAUAAGAGAAGAGGGACAGUGAAGCUUCCAGCGCAUGAACCCAGGGCUGGUGAUCCUGUGGAGCUGCUCCAUGCAGAGAGCUGUGAGUCUCCUUCCGUCCAGGUGCUUUCUCUGCUCAGACGGUCCCGAACUCCAGCUCCACCCCUCACAUCGUCUUUCUCCAUAAAAUAUGUGACUCGGUAUGUUGGGUCACAGUUAUCAAAUUAGAAUGAAAACAAAGUCACAUAAAAAGUUAUUGUAGCUAUACUCAAUGUUAGAGACAUAUUUUGGAGCCACAGGUCACUCUAGAUGCCGCCCAUAUAAUGAGAGGUAAUCUUUGUAAGUUUCCCCACAUCUGAAGUUCUGUAUUUGUGGCAGCCUCACGGAGCUUUAUGAAUAUCAUUUCUUUUAUCCACAAACGUUUUGAAAACGUGAUAAUAUGGUUUGGAGCUUAUAUUUUAAUUUUAAAUCAAUCGUAUGCUAACUCUCCUAAAUCAAAACAAUUGGAAGCAUAUACAACGUAAAAAGUCAGUCUUUCUUAUAAUCUAACAUAAAUGGGACUCACUAAGCAUGGUUAAAAUCUUAGCUCUACAGAUGUUUUUCUAUUUUUAUACAAACAUUUAUAUAUACAUGUAAAUAUACAAAUAUUUAGAAAUACACCUAUUUAACAAAAUAUCAUGAAAUAUUUUCAAGUCUGUGUAUAGAUCUGUUGUACUAUUUUAAAAGACUGUGCACUAUUCUGUUAUGCAGAUAAAUCAUAAUUCAUAUUUUCUUUUGGUAAACUAUACAUAACAUAAAAUUUAUAGUUUUAACCAUUUUUAAGUGUACGAUUGAGUGCCAUUAAAUACUAUCAUGAUAUGUUUUAAUCCUUUCAACCACUGAUGGAUUUUAAGGUGACUUCCCAAAUGUUUAUAUGAUAAAACCAAUGCUAAAAUAAAUGUCCUUGUACAAACAUAUAUGCAUUCCUGUUAAUUCAUCUGAAAGAUAAAUUUGUAAAUUGAGAAUUACUACAUUUUAAGUUAUGCACAUUAGAAGUUUGUGUUAAAUAUUCAUAAAUUGCUCUCCAGUAAGGGUGUAUCAAUUCAUGCAUCUACCAACAGUGUAUGAGAAAACCAAUCUGUGGGAGAAAGUAUUGCUUUUUCAUUAAAAUUUGUAAAAUUGGGGCCGGCU